AUGUCUCUCUCUUGCUCUGCUGAUGCUAUCAGUCAGCCAGCAAUCUUUGGAGGGAAGGUCAUCGACUUUGCCGUCAGCUUGGUCGAAAACUAUAAUUUUGAGGCCAAGUCAAUCCUUUACUAUGGGCACCCGACAACCGUCGCUGAGGACGUCAACUUUUGCAAUGUCACCGUCACCUACACUCACCCUGGUCAGAACGACACUGUCCACGUUGAAACGUGGCUACCUAUGGACAACUUCAAUGGUCGACUCCAAUCCAUCGGGGGAGGAGGCUGGGUCGCUGGAAGAUAUCCGCCGGGCUAUGCUGCCAUGAGCGGAGCAAUCAGUGAGGGUUAUGCCACUUCGGCGACAGAUGCGGGGCUGCAACUACAAAUGGACUAUGGUCCUGAUAUCUGGGCCCUGACUAGCGAGGGGAAUCCCAAUCUCUAUCUCCUCCAGAACUUCGCUGCUGUCUCCCUAGGCGAUCAGGCAAUCAUUGCUAAAGGUUUGAUCAAAAGCUUCUAUGGGGAAGAACCCAAGUAUUCCUACUGGAGUGGCUGUUCUCAGGGCGGAAGACAAGGCAUGAUGCUUGCGCAGCGAUAUCCAGAAGCUUAUGAUGGCAUACAUGCGUGUGCACCGGCAAUCAACUGGAAUCAAUUCUUCAUGUCAACCUUUUGGCCUCAGCUGAUUAUGCAGGAGCUAGACUACUUUCCGUACCCUUGCGAGAUGAAUGCCGUCUUAGCAGAGGCCAUAGAGGCCUGUGAUGGGCUUGAUGGCAUUAUCGAUGGAAUCAUCUCCAACGAGGACGCCUGUGACUUUGACCCAAUGGAUGUCGUCGGCAAAUCGUUCAACUGCUCCGAUACUGCUAAGAAUAUGAGUAUCUCUGAGGAGGCAGCCAAGAUAGCCAAAGCGACCUGGUCAGGUCCGACUACCACUGAUGGCAAGUUCAUAUGGUACGGCCCCAACACGGGAGCUCAGCUCAGCGGGCAGUCGCUCCAGCUGACGAGCGACAUUGGACUUGCCAUGACCACAUGCACCGGCGGGACUUGCCGAGGAGCCCCAGUGGGCCUUGGAGAAGUUUGGAUCAAAUAUUGGAUAGAGGCCAACCCAGCCUGGUCGUACAAGAAUAUGACCCGAGAAGCAUUUGAUACUUUUGCCCAUGAAGCUGUUCAGCGGUAUGAAUCAGUAAUUGGAACAGGCGACCCUGACCUGACAGCCUUCUACAAGAAGGGCGGCAAGAUUCUGGGUUAUCACGGAACACACGAUCAGCUUAUUCCAGUCAAGGGCACAAGACACUACUACAACAAGGUGAAGGAGAUCAUCCCCGAAGUCGCAAGCUUUUACCGCAUGUUCGAAGUUCCUGGGCUGCUGCAUUGCUCCGGCGGCAAGGGAGGACAGCCCACAAACACGUUCGAUGCACUCCGAGCUUGGGUUGAGAACGGGACCGUGCCAACUGAACUGCCUCAUUCGUUCAAGGACGACAACGGUGAUGAGCAACAUCGUCUUCUCUGCCCUUACCCUGAGAAAGCAUGGUUGAAGAGAAAUGAGAUUGAGAAUACCGUAUAUAAGUCUACUGACUUUAUUUGCGUCUGA